AUGAUUAUCUCGGAUAGGAGUACGUACUCAAACUCUGCCUCUCUCUUUCGUUCAUUCAAUCUCCUUUUUCUCCUCCUUCACAAAUAUAUCUAUCUAUCUAUCUAUCUAUCUAUCUAUCUAUCUAUCUAUCUAUCUCAAUACAUCUAUUUGAUUAUCUGUCGUAGUCUGUUUAUAUCUAUCUAUCUAUCUAUCUAUCUAUCUAUCUAUCUAUCUAUCUAUCUAUUUCUUUCACUGUAUAAUCAUGAAGAAAAUUCGUUAUUCUUUUGCUGUUUUCGAUUUCUUUACUGUUCUUUGAAUUCUUUUUCAUUCUUUUUGGUUUAUUUAUUCUCUUCCCAUAUUUCUUUGUUUCUGUUUUUUUUCUUUAAUAUUCUUAUUCUUUCUUUCUUUCUUUUCUUUCUUUCUUCUUUCAUCAUUAUUUUUCCGUUUUUUUUUUUUUCCCCACCUCAGAGUUUCUUUUUCUUCGUUUCUUUUUGUAUUCGUCGCCAUUUGUACUUGUAUUUUUCUUUUUCUCCUUUUUUAACUCAUUCUUUAUUUUCUCUUUUGUUCUUUUCCCUAUAUUUCUGCUACGACCAUUGUAUUUCUUCCUUUCUGUUAUUUUCUAUAUUUUUCUGUUUUUUUUCUCUAUUUCUUUCUUUCUUUUUAUCUUUCUUUCUUAGUUGCUUUCCGCAGCUUUUUACCCUUUUUGGAUAUUUUUAUCGACCUCUUUGUUCAUACUUCCACUUUCCCUUUUCUUUGUUUAAUCCUUUUCGUUUUUUUUUCUUUCUUUCAAUUGCUACUACCUCUAUCUAUCUAUCUUUCUUUCUUUCUUUCUUUCUUUCUUUCUUUCUUUCUUUCUUUCUUUCUUUCUUUCUUUCUUCUCCCAUCCAGCCAUUUCUCUGCCCACUUCGUUUAAAAUCGGCAAUAGUAGGUCGCAUUUAUGCGCCCCCUCCCCCACAUCUCGUCACAUGUUGCCGGCGCUGA